ACGCAGGCCCAGUUCUUUGUCCAGGAUGUUAGCACUGCCUCUGCAUUGAAGAAUGUCAACUACAAGAUUCGUGAUGAUGAGAACCAAAAGAUACGUAUUUUUGUCAGUCACUCUACUGUACCCUAUUCUGUGCAGAAUAAGUUGAAGCCGGAACAAAUGGAGCAGCUAAAGCUGACCAUGAACAAACGAUAUGAUGUCUUCCAGCAAGCUCUUGACCUCCAGAGCUUCCGCUUUGAACAAGACUUGGUGGACCAUGAUAUUGACAUGAUCCUGAAUCGAAGAAACUGCAUGGAUGCCACCAUAAAGAUCAUCGAGGAGAAUUUCCCUGAGCUGUUGUCCUUGAACUUGCGCAGCAACAAAUUAUACCAGCUGGAUGGCCUGUCUGACAUUAUACAGAAGGCCCCCAAAGUCAAGAUCCUGAACCUGUCCGACAAUGAGCUGAAGUCAGCUUGGGAGUUGAACAAGAUAAGAGAGCUGAAGCUCGAAGAGCUGUGGCUAGAAGGAAACCCAUUGCGCAACAACUUCUCAAACGAGUCUACCUAUGUGAGUGCCAUCCGGAAUUGUUUCCCCAAGUUGUUAUGCCUGGAUGGCCAGCAGUUAUUCCCAUCACUUACUGUUGAAAUUAAAGUCGCCGACAUAAUGACACCCAGCAAGGAAAGCUAUAGAGGAUCUGAGACUCUGAAGAAUCUAAUCUUGCAGUUCUUGCAGCAAUAUUACUGGAUCUAUGACUAUGGGGACCGGCGGGGUCUCCUGGUUGCUUACCACGACGAGGCCUGCUUCUCGCUGACCAUUCCCUUCAACGCUGAGGACCCAGCUCCGUGA